AGUUCCCCCCUUCCUUUCUGAACAAGUACCGUUCGUCCAUCCUGUCCACUUCUUUUCGAUCAUCGGAUUACAGCAGGGUGUACGCCGGCAACACCGACUCAACUAUAAAACCUCGAUAAAAAAACACAUAUCAUCAUGUCUGGUCUACAGUGCCUUGGUGAAGAUAACAUCUGGUUUGAGAAGCCCCGCUACGACGAGGCUGAGAGACGCUUCUACGAGGGAGCCAACGGGCCCUCCACACACUCACACCACCAGGUAAAGUCAGCCCUCCAAGGUAAAGGACGAUCUCGUCCCCAGAAGCGCCAGCACAGGAAUUCUUCCUCAGCCAGUGGGGACCAGGAGUUGGUGUCUCGUAUGAAGAGUCUGGAGCUGGAGAACCAGGGACUGCACAAAGUGGUGGAGGAUCUGAGAGCAGCCUUGUUCAAGUUGGAGAACAGAGUCCAGGUUCUGGAGAGAAGCCCAGCUGUUCCCUGUGUCAAGGCGGUGACUGUUCAGUCUGUGAAGGUAGAGGAGGAGGAUGAUGACAUCGACCUCUUUGGGAGUGAUGAGGAGGAGGAUGAAGAGGCAGAGAGGAUGAAGGAGGAGAGAAUCGCUGCUUACGCUGCCAAGAAGUCCAAGAAACCAGCACUCAUCGCCAAGUCAUCUAUCCUGCUCGACGUCAAACCUUGGGAUGAUGAGACAGACAUGUCUAAGUUGGAGGAGUGUGUGAGGUCUGUUGUAGCUGACGGUUUGCUGUGGGGUCAGUCCAAGCUGGUUCCCGUGGGUUACGGCAUAAAGAAGCUUCAGAUCGGGUGUGUUGUCGAGGACGACAAGGUGGGGACAGACCUGCUAGAGGAAGAGCUCACCAAGUUUGAGGACUAUGUCCAGAGUGUCGACGUGGCUGCCUUCAACAAGAUCUAAGCCACUCCUUUCCUUCCUCCUCCUCAGUCAUCCAAAGAGUUACUGCUGCUCUCUGCUUGCACGGUUACUAAUAAAACAGAGCUUUAAGCACAAA